GCAUCCCGCAGUGUCUCGGGCCGCAUGCUUCAUCUCACAGCCUAUGCGACGUCAGUGGUUUUGUUCGCUAGUUUCUCGGGGGCUCUGGUUUCGUCAAUUGCCUCUCGCCAUGCCACUUUGCCCUUCAGAACCUUCGAAGAGUUCCUAAACAAUGGUUACUACAGGCUUGGUGUUCUUGCCAACUCUUCAAUAAUCAGCAACAUGAAGGAAUCAACUGAAAUUCCUUUACGAAAGUUAUAUGAAUCCAUAUUUCCUGACAUGAGUAGUCUCCCGAGAAGAAACAGUGACGGUCUGCGUCGUGCUUGCGAAGAUGAACACUAUGCGUACAUGUCGCCACUGUACAUCCUCCUGACUAAUGCUCCCAUCUGUACACUACAGACUGUUCCAUAUGCUUACAUUUCUUCAACGAAGGGCAUGGCGACAGUCAAGAACAGCCCAUAUCGACUGAUAUUAAAGCAAAAAUUUCGUUCCAUCAGAGAGUCUGGAAUCUUUCGUCAAAUUUGUAGUGUGACCCUGACCAACCUGCCACAGGAAGAGGGAACGGCGUUCCAGAGCGUCAGUCACAAUACAGUGUCGCCCCUCUUGGUUCUUCUGUUAACUGGCACAGGGGUGUCCAUUCUCAUCCUUGUAGUGGAGAGGAUGGUCAGCCAUUCGUUUCAUUGUACAGCUACAAGCCUACCUGCUAACAUGCACCAGCCAGCACUUGAUACACGCAACAGGGAGACUCGUCUCUGAGAGCAUCAGUUUAUGCGGUGCUGAAAGACCAACCCCGGGGGGAGGGGCGAAGGCUUGUAGAUCGAUGGACCCCGACGCCGACGUAGUGAAAGAGGACGGGUGGAAGGGGGGGUGACAGUGCGCAAUGUUCUGCGAGGAAGUGUGUCACGAGAUGGACCGCAUUAAAGAUGCUGUGAUGUUAUCCAAACGGAUCUGGAUGUUGAACAACUUCCUCUGGUUUCUGCUGAUUGUCCUGCCACACGUACGCUCAAACAUAACCUGUAACAUCAUAAAUAUACCCGACACAUGUUGGCACGAUGUACAGAAGCAAAACAGACACGCCUUGUACGAGGAAGCCAUGAGGAUCGCUCAGUGUUUAGUCAAUAACGCUCAGAAGUACGAUAACGGAUCUUCCACCAAUGGGACAGAGGAUAGAAGAACGGACAGCUUAGAAAUCGCCAAGUGUAUAGUGAGUGUUAUAGAAAUGGGUCACCAGGAUGUGGACAAAACUGAAAGUAACAAUCUUACAGACAGAUCAGAAUUAGAUUCGAUCUCAGUUCGGACACAUGAAGACCUCAACGAGUGUGACUGUUUCGUAUGUUCGGUUGCCAGAUAUCGCGAUGUUUUGAUAUUCAGAUAUAGUAAUCCCGGCUGCAAUGACACGUGUGGACUCACUGAAGCCGAAGCUCAGAAAACUGGUGAACAAUUCAUCACUGAUUUGAAGCAUAUUAGUGAUAUUUUCAUGUGCGUAAAUGUGACAGAUCGUUCGAUACAUCACUGGGUUCAAACAUUUGUAGAUAUUAAUAACUGUGACUUUCACCUUGACAAACGGACUGAAUUUGAGUAUUUGCCCACUGCCUUGACGUCAAAGCAGGUUGAUACAUAUUUUGGAAUUCCAAUUAAACAAGUUGGUGGAGCUCCCGGUGUUGUAAUACUUUCUUCGAUUUAUAUCACAGGAUUUAUUUUAAAUUGCAUCCUCAUCAGAAUAUUCAUAAGACGUGAAGAAAUGCGUAAAGGCAGUACAUUAAUCAUUAUAAACAUUGCAGUUGCUGAUAUUCUGAAUCUCAUUCUCCAUAACCCUCCAAUUGACAUUUUCCUAGUACAUUCUAUACACUCUCCUCUGUCAGUUACUUACGUUUUCUAUGUGAUAGUAGGUCUCAAUAUAUAUUCUGUGAUGAUGUUCAGCUGCCAUGUAUACCUGACAGUACUUCCGGUCAACAAUCGUCGUAAUUCCGGUUGGAAAAUAUUGAGACGAUACAGCCCCCACGCCCAUGCAAUUACAGCCCUUUUGCUUGCGUCUGUAGCUGCAAUACCAUUAAUCUCCGUGAUGGACGAGUAUUACACAGUGUCACUAUAUGUUCUGGUUACUUACUGCGCGUUCCCACUUUGCUUUUCCACGCUGUUUUCUGUGGGGACGUCUUUACAACUGGGAUCAUGUGUGCAGAAUGUUCAUUGUGGAUCCAGUGGUCACGAGACAGAGAGAAGUUUCCGUUCGAGGAAUGCUAACACGUUAGUGGCCCUGAUAGUGGUCUCAGCUGUCAGCUACGUUCCAUAUUGUUGUCUUCCCUUCAUACCCCCCUACAUAGGGGAGCAGCCUGAAGAUCACCCGUUUUUGAUUUCCUGGCUUUUUGUCUGGUUUAACUCAUUUGUCAACCCGAUAGCACUCUAUGUUGCUAAUAGAGACUUCAGACGUUCCUUCAAUAAGUAUGUAUGUUUCUGUUGCUGUAGCGGAAGGGACUGAUGUGAAACAUGUCACUUAUUUAAACAAUAGAAGUGGAAGUGAGGGAUCUGAAUUGUUUCAGUUUCAUUGAAUUUUAUGUUUCUCAACAUUUGGGCAUUCAUUUUUGGGGGGAUUGUAUUUGUUGAUUAUCAAUAUAAGUAUGCUGAAUUUAUAUUCUUUGUUUUAUCGUUUUCAUAUUUAUUUAAAUAUUUAUAAAAUAUUCUCUUUAAUGUUGCCUACUUCCGCUGCUGUAUAAAAAUGAUAUAGUAUGGUCUGAAAUGUUCCAAUUUUGAUGAUAUAGAAUUUCUCUUCUCUCGAAUCUCAUUAUGUAUAUAUCUUAUUUCACAUGAAAAUGGGGCUGAAAUAUGCCCCUUAUUUCCUCUUUCAAUUUUAAUUUUCUAUUCUUAUAAGAGAAUUUUUGCCUUUUAUUCACAGUUGGAUACCAAUCUAAGCCUGUCUGGAUACGAAAGGAAAGCUAUUACAGGACAUAUAUUUUUGCGUUCUUUCUUUCUAUGUCGUAAGGUAACUGACUGCGAAAUUAUCCUUGUUCUAAUACAUAGCCGAACUCGUGUGCAAAGCUGAAGCCCCACAAAUCACCGCACACCUCCCAGUUGUUUUACUAAAGUAAUCUUUGGCCUAAACUAGAGUUGCUUAUAUGACUUAAUUGCAAAGUGCGGUGUGAAUGCGCGUUGACCGUCAACACAGGCCAAUCGUCAAGUGGCGCUUCCAUCGGCGUUCCCGUGAACUCGUUGCAGCUGACUUGGAGAGGGUGUUUCUUCUAUUUAUAGAGAAAAAAUUGAUCAUAGUACAUGCAGUAAGCCUUCCAUAACUGUGUAAAUUGUUAGAUAGAGUUUAAGUGGAUGUUCGUAGCAACACAGACUUGACACACACCCUCGGUAAUAGUCAGGGUAAGCUGGCAUCAGUGUUUUUUUUAAAUAAAUUGUAGAUUUAUUAUGUUAAAACUACCAUGUUUAGCUCAAAAUUGUGAAUAUAACGCAUGUCUUCGAAAACAUGUAUUUAAAAUUACAACUGAUAUAAGUGAGUAUAUUUUAACAUUUUUUUCAACGGUAUGUUGUUCAGAAAUAUAUCUGAAAGUAAUUGUGAAACUGCGAUAGUAUUUCGAAGUGAUAAAUACGUAAGUUUGUAAUCAAUAUACAUUUUAGGAAUUUUUUAAUAUCACCAGCAGCCUUAAUUUGUCAUGUGACCAGAAAGAGAAACUAAUUUCCCUAUAAUAACGACACCAGAAGUAUAUCAGUUGCGAAAUGUAAAAAUGUGCUUAUCAUAGAUUUGCAAUACUUUAAGAGAAGUUGUAAGACAUUAAAUUGAAAUAAGAACAUAGAACUUUUGUUCAGUUAUUAUAUAAUGAUUGUCAAUUUUAUGUUAAUAAAUUUGGAACUUUUAAAAGAGUAUAGGUUAUCUGGAAAAUAUAGUCAGUGAUUCAAAGUGUUAUAUUUUAAUAGCUAUGUCACAAAAAGAAUGGAACAAAACAAGAAAUUACGACACCCACUUAGGACUUGCCCUGUAAUGUUACACAUAUUUCCAGUGUGUACUGUGGCAGAUAUCUAGACGAUAUUUCGUCUCAACUAUAUCUUUGUCUUCUUCAGAUGCUACCGUUACGGUGUCGACUUAACUGGAUAUGUUGGAAAUGUUCGCUUUACCACAAUCGGAAAAAAAGAAAAUUGAUCUUUUCUAACAGGAUACUGCAUCGUCGCCUUUGGCAAUUUUCCUUCAGGUUUCACACCGGUAACUAUAAAGAUUGCUGCACAUUGGUGUGCGAAGCUUAUGUACUAUGGCAGCAGUUUACCGACGUAUCAGAAGAACAUAUUUCCCCCAUUUGCAAUGUCGAAAAAUAAUCCAAACAAAAAGUUGCUUGUUGCUUGCUGCUUGCUGCUUGCUGGUUGCUGCUUGUUCGGCUUAUUUUCGACCCUGAAAAUGGAUACAGUAAUUUCCUUUGAAACGUCUGCAAACUUCUGCAAGAAACACAGCAUUCGUAUGCCAGAAGAUGGUGCCUUUAAACGUUCCAAGUUGCUGGAUUUUGUAACCUCCAAGGUCCCCACAUGUAGUGCUCCCGAAUUGACUUCCCUGGGGCAGUUUUGGAGCCGUUGGACAUGUAGAGAGCUGUGAAGUGUUUAGGCACAUGAUUGCGACAGCUGCUGUACAUGUGCCGCGAGAAAUACUCUGUGAUUUGGCUGAGAGGAUGUCGUCCUGAAAUUUGCCCCAGCGCAAGUAGGACACAAGUGAAACUUAACUGAUGCUAAGUGGAAGCCUGUAUCGUACGUUCAGUUUUUGUGUCAUAUUUUGGUUACUAGUUGGCAUCACUUUGAAAUAUCGGCACGUGUCUUCUGAAUAUCUUGUUAUGUACUAUAGUUAGAAUGUAAAAUGAAAAAAAAAAUAAUAUUAGAGUCAAUUUCACCGACUA